GUGCCCGCUCCGCCCAGUCGAAGCGGGUCGGACGUCCGGAGCGCGCGGCCCCGGCCGAGGUCCAAGGAGGCAUCCCCCAGCCGGUGCCCAAGAAAACAGUGGACAGCGGGUGUCAUCAUGCGCCCUAGGGUCGCUUCCACUUCGCCUCUGUCCCCCCGCCCCUAAGUCUGGCCUCAAGUUCUAGGCCGGGCCCUCCAUCAAGACGGCACCAUGAGCCACGGGGCGAGCCCCCGGCUGGCCGAGUCCCCACAGCUGUCCAAGGGCAGCCUCCUGACCAUCCUGGGCAGCCCGUCGCCCGAGCGCAUGGGGCCCGCCGACUCCCUGCCGCCCACGCCGUCCAGCGGCACGCCCUCCCCCGGGCCGCCGCCCGCCCUGCCGCUGCCCCCGACGCCCGCGCUGCUGGCGGACGGGGACUGGGAGAGCCGCGAGGAGCUGCGGCUUCGGGAGCUGGAGGAGGCGCGGGCGCGGGCCGCGCAGAUGGAGAAGACCAUGCGCUGGUGGUCGGACUGCACGGCCAACUGGCGGGAGAAGUGGAGCAAGGUGCGCGCCGAGCGCAACCGCGCGCGCGAGGAGGUGCGCCAGCUGCGCCAGCGCCUGGACGCGCUCACCAAGGAGCUGGCGGGCGCGCGGCGCGAGCGCCAGGAGGCGCAAGGCGAGUGCGAGGCCCGGGGCCGAGAACUGGCGCGGCUACGGGGCGCCCGGGAGGCCGCGGACAGGACGGAGGGUCCCGAGACCGAACCCGAGAGGGAGCACGAGCCGGUGCGCGACGUCGGGUCGGAGAGACCCCAGGGCAGCCAGGAACUAGAGCUGGUGGAGAAUCUGCUGAAGAGCAGACCAGAGGAGCCCGAGGGCUGCUGGGAGGCACGCAGCGUAGGGGCCGGGGGACCCCGGGGCAGCACUGGCCGCCAGGAACGCAGCCGGCUGCCCUGGGAGGACGCGGUGGCCACCGAAGAAGAUGCCUCCAAGUUGACCGCCCUGCGGCUGCGGCUGGAUGAGUCCCAGAAGGUGCUGCUCAAGGAGCGAGAGGACAAGCUGGCACUGAGCAGGAACAUUGAGAAGCUGGAGGGAGAGCUCAGCCAGUGGAAGAUCAAGUACGAAGAACUGAGCAAGACUAAGCAGGAGAUGCUCAAGCAACUCAGCAUCCUGAAGGAGGCCCAUCAGGAUGAGCUGGGCCGCAUGUCUGAAGACCUGGAGGACGAGCUGGGGGCACGAUCCAGCAUGGACAGGAAGAUGGCUGAGCUGAGGGGUGAGAUGGAGCGGCUGCAGGCAGAGAACGCAGCCGAGUGGGGUCGCCGUGAGCGGCUGGAAACGGAGAAGCUGGGCCUGGAGCGGGAGAACAAGAAGCUGCGGGCACAGGUCGGGGACCUGGAGGAGGCGCUGGCCCGGCGGCGACGGCAGACAGCCAGCGCCCUGGACUGCGACCUGCGGGCCAGCCAGGCUGCGCUCUUCGAGAAGAACAAGGAGCUAGCAGAUCUGAAGCACGUGCACGGCAAGUUGAAGAAACAGUUCCAGGAGAAGGUGGCAGAGCUGGCACAUGCCAACCGGCGGGUAGAGCAGCACGAGGCAGAGGUGAAGAAGCUGCGGCUGCGGGUGGAGGAACUCAAGAAGGAGCUGGCCCAGGCCGAGGAUGAGCUGGAUGAGGCCCACAACCAGGCACGCAAGCUGCAGCGGUCGCUGGACGAGCAGACAGAGCAGAGCGAGAACCUGCAAGUGCAGCUGGAGCAUCUGCAGUCCAGGCUCCGCAGACAGCAGCAGAAUGCCCCCCUCUUCGGGAAGAUCCGCAGUGCUCGCUUUGGCACGGAGGAGACCGGGGAUGGAGCCAGUGACCUGGAUGAGGACGAGGAUCUGCAGAUCCAGGUGGCCUAGAGCACCCCCCAGGCUGGGCAGGCCAGCCAGCGGCACAGGCCCCCCGGUUCCAGGCUGAGUGGCCACUUGAAUGGAUGUGGGUGCCCGUGCUCGCUCUGGGCGCAGGCUCUGCUCCCUGCCACGGACCACUUCCUUCUCUCCCAGGGCGGCAUCAGUGGUCUCACCCCCGACACCCCAAGGCAGGGGAGCUACGGCCUAUGUUUUGUAUAUGCACACACACACCCGGGGUCCCUGGACCCAUCUGAUUUUAUAAACACAGGACCACUUCACGGCCCAGUCCAGAAACACCCACCCACCGAGCCCCUUGCUGCAGGGGAAGAAGGGAUGUCAAGGGAGGACUACUAGGGCCCCAGUCUGGGCUCAGGAACCGGGCAGAGGUUGUUCAUAGUAUGGUGUGAUAAACUCAGUCUUUUGUAAUAAACGGCAUUGAGGCUUUCGGGGUCGAGUCCUGAGAGUGGCAGCUAUGGGACGGUGUGAGAGCGAGCUCCAGCCAGCUUCUGGCACGAGCCAACCCAGAGCUCAGAAACGAGUGGCUUAAUGGAUGAAUGUGAGGAAGAAGGAACGAACGAAUGCAUGACUGUCUGGGCUACUGCGUGGUCUGGAAUCCGGCCUCUGGGGUGGGAAGGAGGAGGUAUGGUGUGUACGUCUAAUCGGAAAGGGAGGAGACCUCAGUCUCUGCUCUGCCCCUUUUUGGCUGUAUAGCCUUGGGGAGGUCACCCCGGCCCCAGCCUCAGUUUCUCCAUCAAUAAAUUAGCUGUCCCAUAGAACCUUCGUGAGACUUAAAGGAGCGCGUCUGAAAUGCAGCCGAGGUUAGUUAUCAUUGAGAUGCUUGCAGGUAUGCCCUGAAGGGGAAGGAUUUGCCAGCUGGGUCCUGCCACAAGGAUGAAGUUCAGGUACCUGGUAGGAGCUGACCUCGCGGUAGGUGUGAACACAGUGACAAUAAAUCCUUUUAUCUUUCUUCUAGCCCUGCUUCUAGGCAGUGAAAGUACAGGUAAUUUAAAUUUCACUUUUGAUAUUUAAUUUCUAAACCUUAUAACCAGCAGAUUUAUAUUGAAUCUGAUGGAAAUGGUUAUUAAAAACAUGGUGAUGCAUUUUUGAAUCUUUGCAAGUCGAGGUGGCCUUCGAGGCACCUGUCCUUGAUGAGAUGUUUUAGUUGAAUUCUUGGCACCCCCCUGCUUUCUGUGAAAGGGGGCCCUGCCAGAAUUGUCCCAGCACGUGGAAGGUGGUGAGUUCUCUGUAUUCGGAGGUGUGCGAGGAGAGGCGGGGCUCGAGCAGGGGUCUGGGCAACAAACAGCAGUUUGUUUCAACCCAUAAAUUCAAUCCAUAAAGUGGCUCCCCACCGCAGGGCUAGGGAGCUGUGCUCAAUGACUUUCUGAUUGUGAGGACCCCCUCAGGGGGGCGGAGCGGAGGAAGAGACAGGCGGGGGUAGCCCAGCUGGGCUAAUAAAUACAGGUCCUGAGUAUUUCCCAUGGCAAUGAACUAAGGAUGCUGGUGAGACAGGCCCAUAUUCCCUCCUGACUUCAAGGGAGAAGGAAGGAGAGGAAAAGACCAGGAUUUGGGGAUCCCUCCUCUUGGGUCUUUCCCCACGAGCCAGAGCCUGCAGAAAAGGGGCUUCCGGAAAGGACCACUUCCUACCAGGAGUCUUUCUGUUUUCUCUCCCAAACAGGAAGUUGGUCCCAGAGGAGGCUAAAAGUACUGCCCUUUGACCCCUGGGAGCCAGGCUCUCCCUGACAGCAGCCUUCCCGGGCCCCAAUCUGCCAUUCCCAGACACAGAGCAGACCCUUCAGGCGCCACUGGCUCCCCCAGACUCCCUGGCUCCUUCUGUGAGAUAGCGUUGAGCAGGGGCCCCAUCGCAGGCGGGGGUGGGGCUCUCCCAAGAAUGUCUGUUUGAAGAGGCCUGCUCCAUUGUGCAGGAAAAAGCUGGGGGUGGGGGGCCCUCUGCAGACAUGGGGCUAGAGAAGUCUUUGGUCUCUGGACCUAGAAUGCAAACCGCCUCCCUGAUCACGGCAGCAUCUGCCAACAGCACCAUCGGCUUGGGCUCACGUGAUGUUUUAAAAACUAUAUUUAAUGUGUUGCUGAUGUUACUGGUGGGAAGUUUUCUCAUAAAAAUGUGGAUUUCCUUCUGUGGAGAAAUCGGCACCUCAGACCACACCAGGCUCAUGUUCCUGCAAGGCCACAGAUGCUGGGCUGACAGGCCGGGGUUCCCUGGAUUGGGGGUACAGGCACCCCAAUGGGCCACAGUCAUCGCCACUCCCUGCAGCCUCUCCCCGUGCCCCCCUCAUUUAUAUUACUGCCUGACUCCUGGGGGUACAUGAGGUUUUUUCCUUUGGCCUGGACUGGCUUUUCUAAACAGAUGAAGAAACUGAGGCACUGGCCCCAAUCAGUGUGAGGUAGAGCCAGCUAAGGACAUUCGGGGCUCAGAACUCCUGUGGGGUCCUCAUCCCUACAAGGGUGACUGCCAAGAACAGUUCAGGUCUAUUGAGCCAUCCUGAGUGUUCACAACCUGAGAGGCAGGCCCUACCGUCAUCACCCCACCUGACACCAAGGAUGCAGAGGCACAGCGGGAGCAGGUGACCAUCCCAAGGCCGCACUGCGGGUUAGGAUUCCAGCCCUGAGCCCACACUCCUGACCAGGAUCCCUUCCACACUCCUGACCACGAUCCCUUCCCGCGCUUCACUGAUGGUCUGGCCCCUGCCCUCCUGUGCAGCCCCACCCCAUUCCAUUUCACACGCCCUGCUGUUCGAACUCCCUUCCUGCACCCAGAGUUGCCCUUCCCCCAUCAAACCCCCAGCAGCCUUCAAAGCUCAGCCUAUUUGGCUCAUUUUGAUAUUACUGCGUUGUCUGCUUUUGUCACCCCACCAGAUGCUCCUGGAAGACACAGAAUCCUUCCAGCAGCCAGUACAGUGCCUUGGGCCUCGUAGAAUUCUUUAAAGGGAAGAAGGAUGUGUGGAUGGAUGGAUGAAUGGGCGGAUGGGUAGGUGGAUGG